AUGCCAUUCCUGGGUCACGUGGACCCGUAUCACCUGGGCCGCGGCUUUGCGGAGCUCUCCUCCCGAGCUUGCGGAUGUCAUGAACUUCUUUACAAAAGAUACAGCUACAUUGCAUAUGUGAUGUCCAUUGAAGUCGACUGGGUAAGGGCCACUUCUGGGCCGGAUGGGGAAGCGCUCGCAGAGCGCAUCCGCUCCUUCGUUCACGACAAGUUCCAGCAGGUCCCCUUACCGCGCUUCAUCCGCUCUGUCCAGUGCCAUGCCUUCGAGUUUGGGACAAUUGGACCAGACCUCGAGAUUAAGGAUUUCUGUGAACCAUUUUCGGACUUCUACGAGGAAGAUGAUGACGACACUUCGGCAACCUCCGAGGAGCUUAUUGUCGACCAAUGGUCCGGACGCCAUUCGGACUCGACCUACGACGACGAGAUGCCGCCUAACCUCCACCACCAUCCAUAUCCUGGCGAGGCAUUCCAGCCAUCUGCGCUUCGAUCGCCGCUUCCCUUAGGAGACCACCUCAAUCCGCAUUUCCUUCCUCGCGCCGGCACCCCAGGUAUUCCUGGAGGCACAUCGACUCUUGGCUACCAUUUGAUGUCCUUGGGUGGUCUCUCGGGUACCCAGACACCACUUGCAGCUGUAGCCGGGGGCACGCCAUUUGCCAGCAGUUGGUCGGACUCGGGCAUGGGCCAUGGAGGCAGACCACGCCGUUCAUCUCGCCCUAGCGGGCUCCAGCAUAGGACGGAUGCAGACAUAGACACAACUAACUCCGCUUCACGACCCUCGACCGCCAACACGACACCAUCCCAUCCCUCCGUGGACCGGACCGGUAGCAGCGGAUCAAAUCGCAACAGCGGGGACCCCGAUGACAUACCACAGCCGUCAACAGAGCCCGCCAUCGACCCCUCUGCUCCAAUCCCACCUCGCAUGCGUGAGCGUCGCCCAGAAGAUUUUCAGAUUCUUUGCCACGCCAAAUAUGCCGGCGACGUACGAUUAUCUUUGACAGCCGAGAUUCUACUCGAUUACCCAAUGCCGAGCUUCGUGGGUCUCCCCCUUAAACUGAAUGUCACUGGCAUUACCUUCGACGGGGUGGCGGUGGUUGCAUAUAUUCGUAAACACAUCCACUUCUGCUUCUUAUCUCCCGAGGACGCGGACGCCCUCCUCGGCUCUGAAGAGCAGGGCCAGAGCAGUCAACAUCCUACUGAUGAUGGUCGACCUCGGUCUGGCGGGGACCAGAAGCGGCAAGGUGGAUUGCUGCAAGAGAUCCGGGUCGACAGCGAGAUUGGCCGCAAGGAAGAUGGGAAGCAAGUACUGAAGAAUGUGGGCAAAGUGGAGCGCUUUGUGCUCGCACAAGUGCGCCGUAUCUUUGAGGAAGAGCUGGUUUUUCCAAGCUUCUGGACCUUCCUCAUUUGA